AUGCUUCUCAGCCUGCCAACCCAACUCCUGGCCCUGGCCGCCUGCGUCCUCGCAUCGCCUCAUGCCCUCACGAAGCGUGCAGUUAUCGGUCACGAUAAAGUAGUCGGCUUCCGUGAAACUGUGCCCUCUGGCGUCAAGGGCGAACUAUAUCUCAAGUACAAGCCGUCUCUCAAGGUCUUUGGUGGCUGUGUCCCUUUCCCCGUCGUUGAUUCUGCAGGCAAUACUGGUGGAGGACUCAACCCAAGUGGCCGUCCCAGUGACGGCUGCAACGCCUCCCCCGGCCAAGUGUACGCACGCUCCGCCAUGCACAACGGCGCCUUUGCCAUCAUGUACUCUUGGUACAUGCCCAAGGACUCUCCGGGCCCUGGGCUUGGCCAUCGCCACGACUGGGAAAACGUCGUCGUCUGGCUUUCUGGCGAGUCGGCCACCGCCACCAUCCGCGGCGUCGCCAUCAGCGCGCACGGCAACUACCAAAAGGAAACGCGACCGCAGCUAUCCGGCACCAGACCCAAGGUCGGCUACAUCAGCUAUUUCCCGGCUAACCACCAGUUGAUUAGCACGGACGAACAGGGCGGUGACCAGCCGCUGAUUGCGUGGGAGAGCAUGACGCCCGCGGCCCAGGCGGCGAUUGAGAACACGGAUUUCAAAAGUGCGAUUCCAAGUUUCCGGGACAGCAACUUUGACCGAUACCUUAACGAGGCGUUUAUAUAA